GCCGCCCCCCGCCGGCCCUUGAGCUCUCCUCUCUCGCUGCUCCGCGUCUGCAGGGAAGGAGAGCUGGGCGCAGCCGCGUGUUCUGCUACGCCUGAGCACCCGCCUGCCACGUCGUGGUCAGGCUCGCCGCGGUCCCCCACGGCGGGUUUGGGGCUGGAGCCGCCAGUGCUCCUCGUGUGCCCGGGCCUUGAACCCCCCGGGGUCUGGGUGGUUCGUGAGCUCUGUCUGCGGGGGGAGUGGGGCGGGAGGGGCAAGGUAGACUAAUGCCUGUCUUGGGUCGUUUUUCUUUCCCGUUUCUGCCUUCUGAGCCCUCUGUCCUUCUCCAAGAGGGUGGGAAUGGCCCCUGUAUUCCUGACAGCGCCAGGCUGCAAAGUCCAACAGGAAUUGGUGACAUUUAAGGAUGUAGCUGUAGACUUUACCCCUGAGGAGUGGGGAAAUCUGGACUCUUCCCAGAAAGCGUUAUACAAGGAUGUGAUGCUGGAGAACUAUAGGAACCUUGUCUUCCUGGCAGGACUUACAGUUUGGAAACCGGAUGUGAUCUCCCACUUGGAAGAAGGGGAAGCACCUUGGAUGCAGGACAGAGAAGUACCAAAAACCAUCAAUCCAGAUUUGGAAACUAGACCUGAAGCCAAGGAGCCAGCUCAUGAAAAACUGAGAAGGAAUGGUUCCCAUAUUUCUCAAUUGGAAGAAUCAUGGGAAUAUUAUGUAGGAUUGGAGGGACUGCAGCAGAACCAUGAGGAGAUACAUUCUAGAAUUCCUAUUGGAGAAAAUCUCCAUAAAAGUCAUGAAUAUAUAGAGGCCAUCUGGAGUACACACCUUGUUGAAUGUCAGACAAUUCAUAGUAGAAAAAAGCCUUAUGAAGAUAAUGGUUAUGGGAAAGUCUUCCAUUCCAGCUCAUUUCUUACCCAACACCAGACCCUGCAUACUAGAGAGAGGCCUAAUGAAUGUGUAAAGGCCUUCUGCUGGUGCUCACAAUCUACCCAACAUGAAAGAUUUCACACUGGAGAGAAGCCUUAUGAAUAUGUAUAUCCAGUAGAAUUCUCCUAUAGCCAGUACCUUAAUAACCAUCAGAAAAUUCAUAAUACAGAGAAGCCUUAUGAAUGUAACUAUUGUGGGAGGGCUUUCCGUUGGAGAUCACAGUUAACUGCACAUCAGAGAAUUCAUACUGGAGAGAAGCCUUAUGAAUGUAACCGUUGUGGGAAGGCCUUCUGUAGGAGAUCACAGUUAACUGUUCAUCAGAGAAUUCAUACUGGAGAGAAGCCUUAUAAGUGUAAUGAGUGUGGGAAGGGAUUCCGCCAUAGUACAGAGCUAAAUCUCCAUCAGAGAUUUCAUGCUACAGAGAAGCCUUACAAGUUUAACAAUUAUGUGAAGGACUACAACCAAAAUUCAGACUUCAUGCUACAUCAGAGAAUUCAUAUUGGAGAGAAUCCUUAUGAAUGUAACUAUUGUGGGAAGGCCUUCCAUCAGAGUUCACAGUUAACUCGACAUCAGAGAAUUCAUACUGGAGAAAAGCCUUAUGAAUGUAAUUAUUGUGGGAAGGCCUUCCGCCAGAGUUCACAUUUAACUCGACAUCAGAGAAUUCAUACUGGAGAAAAGCCUUACAAGUGUAAGGAUUGUGGGAAGGGCUUUCACCAGCGUUCAGAGUUAAUCCCACAUCAGAGAAUUCAUACUGGAGAAAAGCCUUAUGAAUGUAACUAUUGUGGGAAGGCCUUCCACCGGAGUUCACAAUUAACUCGACAUCAAAGAAUUCAUACUGGAGAGAAACCUUACAAAUGUAACUAUUGUGGAAAAGCUUUCCAUCAGAGUUCACAGUUAACUCUUCAUCAAAGAAUUCAUACAGGAGAGAAGCCUUACAAAUGUAAAGAUUGUGAGAAAGCUUUCCACCGGAGUUCAGAAUUAACUCUGCAUCAAAGAAUUCAUACUGGAGAGAAGCCUUAUAAAUGUAAAGAUUGUGGGAAGGCUUACAAUCGGAAUUCAGAGUUAACUUUACAUCAACGAAUUCAUACUGGAGAGAAGCCUUAUGAAUGUAAAUACUGUGCAAAAACCUUCCGCCAAAGUUCACAUUUAAAUCGACAUCAGAGAAUUCAUACGGGAGAGAAACCUUAUAAAUGUAACUACUGUGGGAAAGCCUUCCGCAACAAAGAACAUCUUAUUAUACAUCAGAGACUUCAUAGUGGAACCUUAUGAAUGUUAUGAAUAUAGGAAAGUUUUCCACAAGAGUUUACAAUUAAUUCUACAUCAGAGAAUUCAUACUGGAGAAAAGCAAUAAACAUAUACUGAUUUUGGGAAGACCACAUAGAGUUCAUGGUUAACCUAACAUCAGAGACUUCAUCCUGGGAAGAAGAAACAUCAAAGAAUUCAUUCAGCAGGCCUUCCACAGGAGUUAACACUUAACAAGACAAAAGAGAUGUCAUACUAGAUAGAAGACUUUUGAAGCUAAUUAUUGUGGGAAAUCCUUUCAUAUCAAAAUAUACCUUAUUCUACAAAGAUGUCACACUGAGGAGUAACUUUUUAAAUGAGUGUGGGAAAAUCUUCCAUCAGACUUCAGAAUUAACAUUAGAUAAAUUCAUACUAAAGAGAAGCUUCAAAAUGUAAUGAUUGUAGAAAGGCCUACAACUGGAGUUCAGAGUUAAUUGACAUCAGAGAAUUAAUACUAGAGAAAAGACUUAUAAAUCUAAGUAAUUAGUCUGGAAAGACCUUUUUAUCAAAGAAUAUCUUACUCUACAUCAGAGACUUCAGUUGAGGGUGAAACCUUAUAAAUGUAAUCAAUGUGGGAAAGCCUUCCCCAGGAGCUCAUACUUAGUUGUAUAUCAAAUAACUCAUAACAGUUGUAACAAUUGCAAGAUAACCUAUAGCUAGGGUUCAUUCAGCAUUAGAGAAUUCAUUCUGGAAAGAGGACUUUGGAAGGCAGCUAUUCAGAGAAAGCCUGUAUUAAAGUACAACUUAGACAGAAAUAUCAUACUGAAGAAUAGCCUUAUAAAUGUCUUGAAUAUGGGAAAGUCUUCUACUGGUUUUCACAAUGGAUUGUACAUCAGAAAUUCAUAGUAAAGCAGCACCUUAAAGUGUAUUUAUUGAAAAAUAAAUUGAGCUAAUGGCUUGCUGAACAUCAAAGAAUUCAUACCAGAGAAAAACUCUACGAGUAUAAUGAUUUGUGGAAAGGCCUUUUGGCUGGUUCAGCAUCAAAAUUCCUACAGGAGAGAAAACUUAGGAAUGUGGAAAGACUUUCCUGGAUAGCACAUACUUCAUGGAACAUUAGGGAAUUUAUGCUAGGGAGAAGCCUUUUGAAUUUAAUGAUUAUGGGAAGGUUUUACCUUGGCAUUUCAUACCUUAAAAUCAGAAGACAUAAUUUAGAGAAGCCUAAUAAAUAUUAUGAAUAUGGAAAGAAUUUCUGCUGGACCUCAAUUCAUUAGAUAUCAGAGUUGAAGUGGUAUUUUAUCAUUGAAAUUAACUAUGGAAAGACAUUCUCCAACAAUACAUAUCUUAGUAAACAUCAGAAACCUCACCUUCAAGAGAAGCCUCACAAAUGUAAUAUAAUGAUUGUAGAAAGCCUUUCAUGAAAGCAGAACCCUUAUUCAACAUUGAAGCUCUUAAACUGGAGAAAACCUUCAUGAAGAUAGAACCUUGUGAAUAUAAUUAUCUUGAGAAAGCUUAUACUUAGUUGAGCUGAGUCAUGACAAAAUUGGGGAUAACGAGAAGAAAUGUUUAGAAGAGGUGAUUAUGGGGGACAGUCUCAUGUCUGAGGGAAAGCAAGUAGGACAGUGUGAUAAGAUCAGUCUCUACUAAGGUUUUUGUUCACAAGUAGAUUAAACUAGUUCUUUCCCUAAAAGGUAAGGAAAGUAUCCCUAAGACUUGAUUGGCCCAGAGAGCUAAGGCUCAAAUAGUCUAAUUAAUUGAAAUAGCUUCUUGCUGGCCUCAAACCAUGUUGAAGUGUUGAAGUGGCUUUCUCUUCAGCUAACAGUGUAUUAAAAAAAAAAUUUAUGUUGACUCUGGCUCUUCAGACUCCGAAGGCCACUGUAGUUAUCACAUCCUUGUCUACUGACCUGGCUCAUUUCCAUCAGGAGAUGAGGAAUGCCCAAACAACUGCUGCAUUCUUAUUAAGUAUCCUUUUUAUGCUAUGGCUAAUUAAACAUCCUUUUGUUAACCAUUGAAUGACCUAUCAGUAUCUCAUUUCAUUCCAAUAUUGGAGUUAUACUACCAGCUUCAAUCUAGCUCACCUCAUAGCAUUUAGCAUAGUCAGUAGCAAAAGGAGUACAUGAAAAGGCUUACAGGGAAGGUACAUUCAUUACCAGGUCUAUCUUUCCCUCAGUGUUUUGAACUGCCUUAGAGAAUUUGAGGUGCCAGCAGAAAAGUUGCAUGUGAAUUGGCUUAGCACAUGGCACAGAAAGAGACAAGAGUUUCCUAGUUUUAAAGACUACAAUGAGACAAGCAGCUACUGAAGCUACUAAUAAAUAGUACAAGUGGAAAGGGUGAUACUGUUGAAGUCAGGGACAGGUUUUAGGAAGGAACUUACAGGCAAGUGAUGAAAAGUAUGGUUUUUGACCAAGAAGUUUUACUGGAAAAUAUGUUGUAGCCUCCUGAAAUCUGUGUUGUAUGACUUGAGAAUGGAAGUUGAAAAUUGGAGGUUAAAAAAACCAUGGACUUCUCCUCUUACUCUUGCCCCCCCUUCAAAAAAGUUCUUUAUUCCAUAGACAGAAUGUAGAGUGGGAAGGCAUUCACCACCAAGGAACAAGGAAGCUUAAACAGCAACCUGAUGAGAUGCUAGAGUGAGGGUGUAAUACAUUAGGGACAGUUUGGGUAUCCACGUUAGUCCCAUGAAUUUGGCAAGUUGAAAGAAGGUGUACUUUUCCUAAGCCAGUUAAAUCAGUUGCUACAGAUGGAGAUUUCCCUUUGUCCCUUUUUAGGUAGUUUAGAUGAGGAGUAAUGCAUAACUGACCCCAUAAAAGUGAAUUCCCAUUGCAGCCAGUUCCCUCAUAUUGUGGGGAAAGUAGGGGGAGGUCCUAAAUGAAAGGGGUGUGGUAAAUUGGAUCUAUGUGCCCCUUUCCAUUAACUUGCCAUGCUGUAUGAUCAGGAGUUGCGGCAAUUAGAUCCUACCUUUAAGUGGGUGUAUUUUCCAUCCAAGCGAUAUUAUGCUUUAGCUGUAGGUCUCCCUCCCCACAGUCAUUAAGGAAGAUGGAGAUCAGUAGAAAAAAUUUCACUGGAACAUCAGGAAAAUGGCCAGGACACAUAAAUACUGUCAUUGCAAAUAGGUGCUUUUAGAAUGGGGAAGAAGGCACAAAGCCCUUCUUUUCACUAGGUAGGUAGAGUGUGACAGGUGAUAUUCUCUCUUUCAGAUCUUUGAGUGCGGUUCCUGAAAGAGCUGAUAAGAAAACAGAUGAGUGUCAGCCUCUGGGGAUACUAGUACAACUGUAACAGGAAAUAUAACAGAGGGGCAGUUAAGGCCCUUUAACCCCAUCUGAACCUGAUGAAUCUCUUAAAGCCCCCAAUCCAUUUGGAUACAAGGGCCUGUUGGACAGUGGCAACCACAUUACUCAUACAAAGGAAGGCCCACAGGUCAUCCCAGUUUCCACUCUUAGACCAUCAAAGGAAGAGAUAUCAAGUUCUUGGGAAGCAGUAUCUGUACUGGCUCUUUUGGUUAUCAUGGGUAGGGCCAAAUAGAAAUAGUGAAACUUGCAGUUACACCCUAGCAUCUCAGGUCAUUAACACAAAUAUUGUCCCCCUUCACUGAAGGGUGGGGCAGAGAGAGAGUAGUGAAAAUGUUCCUAUCUAAUGGUGGAGAUGAAGAAAGCUAGAUGACUUUGCUUUACCAUAACCCCUAUAUAACUCAUGAGGAAGGUAGAUGGCACCUGGUGGUUUGCAGUGGACAAUAGGGAGCUAAACAAAAUUGUCAUGUACAUCUCACUGUAACUUCCUGACCUGCCAGUGUGAUAGGCCAGGCAUCCUAGGUCCAGAAGGAAUGGUAUAGGAUUAUCAACCUCCCCAACACUUUUUCUCUUCCGUUGCUGACACUACUCAAGAGCAGUCAGUUUUCACUUGUGAAGGAGUCCAGUAUGUCUUCACCAUGCUUCUCUAGAACUUUCUGAACUCUCCUUCAUAUGACAGCAUUCUGGUGGGCAGAGACUUGAAAGAGGCUUCCCUACCUGAGGGCAUUGAUAUCCACUACUGAACUGAUGACAUAUAAUUGACCAAGCUGGAUGAGAACCUACAUCAGAUAGUAGCCCAUAUGAGGGGAAAGUGUUGGGCAGUAUAGAGGAAUUAUAUUUCCAACCCCAGUAUUUUUAUUAUGUAAGUUUUAUUCCAUAUAAUAGAUUUCAGUGAUAUGUUUCAGAACCCAGUAUAAUUAAUGGGUUAUAUUAGUAAAGACUUGGUUCAGCGGAAUCAAAUGGAAAUAUGUAAAGUGCUCUUUAAACAUUAAGACAUUUAGCUUGCUAUCAAUAAUAAGCUGGCUUAUUGGGUUCUUGAGGACUUCCCCCAGCCUCUACCCUGAUGUUCUCCCUUUACUGAGUUAUCUGCAAGCUCACCUCUUUCAAAUGGGACCCAGACCAAACUUCUGCCCUGAAAGACUGAAGCAGCCUAUACAGCAGUCUCUUCCCUAGACUCUUAGGAUCCGGUGGGUACCCAUGCUUUUGGAAGUCCCUGUUCUUAAAGACCUGGUUAAGUGAGCUUUAGCAGACAACUUUUUGGUGAUGAGAAUAUAUGAAAGCUCCCCAAAGUAUCCAUUUUUUACACCACUUUUGAAAAGUUGCCUGCCUGGACUUGAGUUGCUACUGAAUAGGUGCUCAGAGUAAUAUCAUCACUCUAUUCGUAGAUUGUGUUAUCUUGAGUUGUGUGUUGUUAAAAAGCCCUUCUUACAAGAUGGAUAAAGCAUAGAAAGCUCCUAUUAUUAAACCAGAAUGGUAUAUUGAAAAUUGCUCUUGUAUAGGUCCCAUGUAAGUGCACUUCAGAAACAGGUUGUGGCCUCUGGAUCCUUGAGAGCAAAUCUACAGGGCCCCCACUUCUGUGGAUCUAGCUCCCGAGCAAUUAUUUUGCCUAUUUUACCUAUGGCUAGUCCUUCCUAAAAGCAAGGCACAUACAACUGGAUUUCACUGGCCCUAGGGAAUGGGCAUCCUGAUAAGUCAUUAUGGGCUGAACUGGAGGUAGCAUGGUUGGCAGGUGAAAGAUCCCUGAAGUCAGAUAAUAUCAUAUACACUGAUUCCUGGGUGGUGGCUAUGGGUCUGGCUAAGUGGGUAUGAUCUAUAUGAGCUCCCUCUGAAUACUAUAAUUCUAUGUGAGAAGUCCUACAAAUGGAUUAUUGGCUACUAUCCACUGAGCCCUGAUUUUUUUUUCCAUUUAAAAAUUAUAAACUUAAUACUAAUCAAAAUUUAAAAUAAGUAUAAAAUCUUAAUAUUGGUAUUAUAAAUAUAAAUCCUUAGUAUUUGUAAAAAUGAAACCAUACAAAUUAACAAACAACAUAAAUUAAAUGAUGUUUUUGUUGUUCUUAUACCCUUUCAGGAAUUUCUGAAGUGCUAUUUUUAACUUUAUAUUCCAGUUUGGUAUCUCAUUGAUAGUCUAUUUGCAAUGUCUGUCCUAGGUGGUUGUCUAUCUAAUUUUAUAUCACAGCCUGGAAAAUAUUCUUUGUCCGCUUAGUUUUCCCAUUUGGAUAGCUAGACCAAAAUCUUGUGGGAUUAUGUGUCUCAUUUAGAAGUCUAGAUUGUUCUGAAACUUGAUAUGAUAAAAACAGGAGCAUUUGAGGGACCUUGCUAUCUAUUAGAGUUCAUAUGUAUUUCACACAUACAUGUUAUAUGAUAUAUGUAGAUGGGGCUGCAUUUAUGCCUACAUAAUUCUUGUUUUGCUGCUCAUGGCAUUGUAUCAUUUGUAUAAGCUUUUUCAUAUUUCUCACUAAUGAUGAUAUAAUUAUAUUACGUUAAUAUAUCAUCAGGAGGUCUCAAUAUUGUGGUAUAGGAAGGGACUUUUUUCCUUCUUAUUAGUUUUGGGAUAGUGCCCUCAUAAUGGAGAUGUUGAAUUGAAAUGUAUGAUCAGUGUUGUGACUCAUAUAUUCCCAUAGUAUUCACUAAGUGUAUAAAAGUCUGCAAUCUCAUCAAUGAUUUAAUAAAGGAUCUAUUUCCCCACAGCCUUUACAUUUGAAUUUUAUAAUAAUUGAUCAUAUUUUUGAUGUUCUAAUGAAAAUAAAGCGAUAUUUUAAGAUUG